AGUCGCCUUCGCUGUUUUUGUCCGUCUGCUUUCUGGUUUUUGCUCUGGCCGUGCACGGAGCUGUCGGCCGGUUGGUUGAUCCGUGUGUGCGAUGCGAACUUCGCGUAGUUCGCCGUAACCGUUAUUUCAAUGUGGAUGUCUCCUACUCCACGACGCACGACGGACACACUGUGAUACCUUUAAAAAAGAAACCCAGGUGUCUGGGGGUCCGCAGGCAGGCAUGCUACUUGCCUGCUGCAGGCCUGUCCUAGCCAGGUUCUAGCCGUGACAUCUUGGCAGCCCCUGCCGCCUCUUGCUCAACUGCGUGCCAAAGCCGGCUCUAGUACGGUCACAGGGCCAGCACACUGCCAGCAUGCAGGACCAGUUCUUCGACCAAGGACGGGACGUCAACUCAUCCCAAGUGCUGAACUGUGAGGAGUUCAGCUACGACUACGACAUUCCACUGGCCAUCCUCUGCGGCAUGUACAUGGUGUUUGGCGUCGUCUACACCCUCUACGGCUACCGGUGUUUCAAGGCGGUGAUGUUUUUGACGGGGUUCCUGUUCGGCUCGUUCGUGGUGUUCAAGAUCUGCACGGUGGAGAGCCUGCUGCCCACGGCAGGCAACGCGGGGGUCUCCCUGGGGGCCGGCAUGCUGUUCGGCCUCAUCACCAUGCUGGUGCAGCACGCGGGCCUCUUCCUGACGGGCUUCCACACGGGCCUGUUUGCGGGCUUCGGGGCCAUAGCGCUGCUCCGGGUCUGGUACACCCCGGCCACCGUUUGGAUCACCGUCGGCGUGCUGCUUGCCUGCAGCAUUGUCGGCGCCGUGCUCAACCUCUUCUGGCAGAAAGCCCUGACGAUCCUGGGGACAAGCGUGUACGGCGGCGCCAUGAUGGUGAUUGGGUCCGACUACUUCGUGAGUCGAUCCCGGCUCACCGACUGGUCCCUGGGAGUGAUCCUGCUGAAGCCUCCACUGGCACUCUGCUGGUUCUCCUGGCUCAUCCUGGCCCUGUGGCCACUGCUUAUCCUCUUGGGCGUGCUCACCCAGUGGCGGCUCACCGGAAGGGGGGUCUACCACUCCGAGUUGGGUCCCUCUCGACGAUCUCGGCAGCUGAACCUGCAGCGAAUACGCCAAGAAGAAUCGCGGGCGGAGCAGCGUCAGCGCAAGUAUCGCUACCUGUACCAGGUGCGAACGGCACACGGCGACGUCAUUUCCCAGUAUCUGCCACUGCAGAUGUCUUCCUCUUUACCCUAUCUGAAUGGCUCUACUUAAUGGCUUGCACAUAGUCUGCUCAACUUGCAUGCCGAGUUUUAACAAUGAAAGCAUUUGAAGAACUGCAAACGGUCUUAGAUCCGCCCGUAAGACGACAGCUGUUUCGGGAAUGUAACUACUAGUGUAAUGGUGCACGACAUUCGGCAUGUUUUUGGCACGUGCAAGAAGGUAAAAAAAAGUAUGGCACAGGCGCCUUACCUAUGAUUUUCAAAGUUGCAAGUUCCGGCCGUUUUACGGUUGUCACGAGCAUGCAACACAUGAACGCAAAACGGAGCACUUUUUGGGAUGUUGUACGUUACACCCUCAUUAUUUCGCUAAAUACAGUCGAAACACUAGCCGAAAAGAAGAGUUCACCUCGAAAACUGGGAACUCGAGCACGACUGCAACUCACUUUAUGCAUGCAAUUUCAAAUUUCGUAACCCCACCUUCCCCUGCUCCUCGCAUGCCCUGCCCCUUUUCUUCUUUUUUGCAAAGACAGACUCUCCUCCCCUCUUUAACGCACGACGAGACUGCCUAGGGUUUGAGAGACCAGGCCUCUUUUUUCCUCCCCCAUUUCCCCGACCCUUGCGUGCCACGACGCGCUUCGCCGCCGACCACCAACGCUUGGGGGGUGUCCGACCUGUGGGCGCUGAAAACCUGGGCACCGAAAUCUGGUGCAGAGCUACAUCCAGAGCCUGCAGAAGAAGGUCUGCCCGCCACCUGACGACAGCCUCUCCAUGCUCCACUCCGACCUGACGCACCUGACCGUGCUCAACCCCUCCGAGAGCACUGCCACCACCAUGAGCCAAGUGACCUGAGCGCCCGUCACGUGAUCCAAAGCUGCCGAGUCGCGUGACUUGCCGGGAGUGACGCCGCCAUGACAAACCGAAGCUGCCGUCCACGGAGAGACCGAGAGCCGAAGAGACUCUUCCAUUUCGUCGUCGGCGUCGUCUCAAGUUCCGAGAGAUUGUCAAGAAAGAAAA